AUGAUACUUUUUGUAUGGUCAUUAGUUUCUACGGCUAUCGAGGCAGCUCGAAAACGCCACAUUGCCAAUUUUCUUCGUGCCUUACUUGCUCAACAACGGGUUACUCGCAACUAUGAAAUGCUCAUUUGGAAGACAAUUGUUAGAUCUUCUCAAUAUUUAUCUGCUCAAAGGCCUAGCUCAUCCCGAUUAUACCGACCGACUAGUGAACCAAAGUUAGAUUCAACACUGGUGUUACAAACUGAUUUGAUUCAAGUUUUUAGUGAGAAAUUUGAAACAUUACGAGCCAGUGAAUGGCGGUUCUGUCCAUCUUUAUGGCCUUGUGAAGAGGAUUCAAUCUACUUUGUAGUUCAUAAUGAAUUCAUGGAAAAACGAAAAAAAGAACCGGGUGGAGAGGAUGAAUUGGAGCCGAACUACUUUAAAUUGAACGAGAAAUGUGAUCGUCUCGCUAGUCAUAAAACGAUGACACGAUGUUUAUAUGCUUGUUCAUUUGAAAUGUUCGUAGAAGUCGUGGAUUCAUUUUCUGAGAAGUUGCUGAUUGAUGAACACUUUAAAGUCACUAGAAUAUGCAGUAUGUUUGCUCCUCCACAAGAGCUGGAUCGACCAUCCACUUCAUCUCUUCGUCCUGAUUUACGUACCUCAACACUUUCAUUGGCUUCGAAUUCACAUCUUCCUCGUCCACUUCCAAUUCUUCAACAUCUUUUUUGGGGUGACCGAGCAGGAAAAUUCACAACAACUUAUCAAUAUGGAAGUGAAGGAAAUCUUGAUAUGUCGCCAAGUCGUCGAAAUCCUAGACGUCCAGCAUCCUCUGCAACAAUCUCAAAUUCAACAAGACGACGUCGCUAUCGUUCGUGUAACUCUCCAGAAAACGCAGAUUCUGAUGGUAGUCGAUUGACUUUAGAAAGUGGAAACGAAGACUAUCAAAGUCUUCCAAGAUAUAUCAGACAACUCAAUCAGAGAGAUUUCGGAAGUCCACGAAAUAGUAUUGCAAACGGAUACAUUCCGGAUAGUGUCAACUUCAAUAGUCUACCAAGAUAUAUUCGUCAAUUAGAAAAGUCGAUUUGUGAUUCUACAGAAGACGUGACGUCAUUUCGAUCCGAUAGAGCACUUCAGUCCUCAUCAUCCUGUAGUCAUCCACCAACAACUUCUGGAUCUUGUACAAGUAGUUUGGCUGAAGAAGCAGCAAGAUCUUCAACUCCAAACGAAGGAAAUCGAUCAUCAGUUGAUAGAACAAGUUCAAACGGUUCAUCCACAGCUCGAAAAACUCCAGAGUGUCAUCCAACAACUACUGGAUUGAAAAGUCAUUUCACUAUGGAUGAACUCCGAAUGAUUGAUGAAACUGAUACGGAGACGAUUGAUACAGCAAGAGAUGUAGUUGAAGAACAAGCUGAGAAAGUGUCUUACGCCACUCUUGCUCAUCAGAAUACGAAAGAGAACGGAACGAAACAAAGAAACGGCCACAAACAUAAAUUCACAAAUGGAAGUGUGACAAUCAAAUUGGAUACUGUAGAAAUGCUUGAUGAUAAAAUAACAAAUUCAGAUAGAACUCCCACACCGUACCCUCCAAAUGAUUCUGAAAGACCAGUCAGUGAAACGUCUUCUUGUCAUUCUGAAUCUUCCCCUCGUGAAUCUGCUUCUAAAACUCAGCCAAACCAUUCAAUUCCUACCAUCGACUUCUCCCGUCUUCCACCUCAUGCACAACAAGUUUCUCGUUCAAAACGAAGUCGCAUUGCUCAAGUUACAGGCGAUCGAGGGAGAUCUGUCAGUCCUUCAUUUGAACAUUAUCAAAAUCGAUCACUUCGUGGAUUCACUUCGGCUGCAAAUCCUCACCGUGCUUCCACACGAAACUCCACCACUCGCCACGUUCAGCUCUAUCAGUUUCUGACAUCAAGAAGUUCUUCAUUCAAAGCAAUGUGUAAACCAAAUUCGGUUCUCGUUUAUACCGGAGGAGAUUCAAUUUUGUAUUCGGAUAUUCGUAGUCGUCUCACCACUCUUUUGCCACCAGAUGAGAUCACCGUUUUUAAUGUUUCAAUCGAAGCUUUGAAGAAACAACCAUGGGCAGAAAAGUCGACGGUAUGUGUGAUUCUUGCUUCAACGAAAGACCUUGAUGACGAUGCAUGGGAGAAGAUACAAGCAUAUUUCAACCAAAACGGAAAGAUAAUCUUCGUGUGUCAGAACAAGCUGCUCGCAAGCAUCACAGGAUGUGAUUCAAGCAAAGCAAACGCUUCUAUUCUGAGAUUUGCAUUCGGAAAUCAAAGCAAUAAACUGAAAGAAACUAACAAAGAAUUUGUGAAAUUCCUGGAAAAGAAUAUGAAGAAACUUCCAAAGUCGUCUGCUAUCAAUGAGACAUUCCGUUCAAAAGAUGUCAGUGUUGGAGCCAAUUUCACAGUUGUACUUAAAAAAGAACCCGAUGCUCCGCUUUUCUUGUACAUGCAAAACAAUGGUAGUCUUCAUGCUUCUGCACUGUUCUCUGAUGCCACAACGCAACAAUUGAUAGCGCCAAAUAGUAACCUUCUUCGAGAUUCUCUACACAGUGUCGGAGUGAACGUCUGCGAUACAACACUACCUGCAUUAACGAAAGGAAUUCUAUUAGCUGAAUAUGAUUCAAUCAUUGAAGAAGUCGCAGGAUUACGUUUAGGAGAAGAAAUAGGAUUGCAACCUCGUAUUCUACUCCGAAAAACGGAUGCUGUGAAAGAAUUGGGACUUCCCGAAGCUUCUGAAAAACUUCUACCAAUUGAACUGGUUAAUAGAGAUUCAGAAGCAGGAACGAGUACAGAAUUUGACUUGAAUUUAUAUUUCAAUCAAUUACAUGCGAAAAUUGGUCAAGUAAUACUGAUAGUAGAUGUGGCAACAACAACAAUGGAUAUUAUUGAAAGUGUGAACGCUGGAAUUCCGUCACUUGAAAACGUCGUUGUUGUUGCAAAUCGUCAGAUUCAAGGAAGAGGUCGAGGUGGCAAUGAAUUCCUGUGUCCACGUGGAAUGGCAAUGUUCAAUUUCUGCUUCACCGUUAAAAAAUCAAGCCGUCUUGCGAAACAUCUUCCAGUUGUGCAGCACAUAUUCUGUGUGGCAAUAGUAGAAGCAGCACGAAAUCUAUCCGGUUAUCCAGAUUUUCCACUCCGAAUAAAAUGGCCAAAUGAUUUGUACUGUGAUCGUUCGCACAAAGUCGGUGGAAUGCUUCUUUCUUGUAAAACAAGAGAUGAUGCAUUCCAAUUGAGUAUCGGUUGUGGAAUGAAUGUAUCAAAUGAAAAACCAACUCUUUGUUUGAACGAUAUGUUGCCAAAAGAAGCUGAAACGAGAAUCACUAAAGAACAACUCAUUGCGGAGACAAUAAAUAGAUUCAGUUAUUACAUGAUGGAUUACGAGAAUAAUGGCCCUGAAAGCUUCAGAAGGAAAUAUCACGAGUAUUGGCUGCAUUCACAGCAAGAAGUUCUUUUGUCAGACUUCAAUGAACGAGUUACAAUCCGAGGCAUCGAUGAAGACGGAUACUUGCAAGUACGCAGCAAAACAAACCCGGAUAAAAUCUUUUCAAUUGGUGAUGAUGGAAACACUUUCGAUAUGAUGAAAGGACUGAUUCGUCAUAAAUAUUAG